ACUUUGGCCCUCCAGGUGUUUUGGACUUCAACUCCCACAAUUCCUAACAGCCGGUAGGAAUUCCUACCUGGAGGGCCAAUCCUUCCUUCCUUUGCAGCAGUGCUUGUUUGGCCUUUCUCCCAAAUGCAGUGACUCACCUGUGGUCUUUCCGUUUACAAACUCACUUUAAAGAUCGGUCCUUUGAUUGCUAAAGGAAACCUCCCAUUGCCGUGCAGCUGAUUUAAGUCCACCUCAAACACGCUUCUGAAACCUUUCGUCCUAUCAAUCUUCCAAAUGAAGCCAGGCGAUGAAAGCAGGAGCAAAGUCAGUCUGGUGCCACACUUUGUUUAAUCCCUUCUCACCUCUGAAGUCAGUUUGACUCCGCACAAUGCUUUGAAACGCCUUGGAAGAGUGUUGGAGGCUAAAGCUACCAAAGAAGCUGAAAGAAAACUAAGCAGGAAAUUAUUGCAAGAGGAGGAAGGUGCGGAAGAGCAGUUGAUGGAAGAAAAGAAAAAGAGAAAAGACGAGAAGAGAAGGAAAGAAGCUGCUCAGAAGAAGACUGCUGAACACAAAAACAAAGCAUCGGAACCAGCAAAGCCCAGUGUGAGCCAGACGCUGCCGGUUGCCCCCACUGCUGCCAGUUCUCUCCCGGCGCCCAGCAGCAGCAGUGGCAGUAACAAUAAUAAUAAUGCCAAGCGGGCUCUGGGUAUCAAUCAGCAGCAGCAGCCACCGCAGCAGCCAUUGCUGGCCCAGCCGCCAUCGCUGCCUCGCUACCCAGCCCGUGAAGUCCCUCCCCGCUUCCGGCACCAGGAGCAGAAGCAGCUCUUGAAGCGAGGGCAACCGCUCCCAGGGAUCGCGGUGAACCUGGGGCCAGCAUCUAAACCUUUGAGCAGCACUGUGACGAGUGAGCAGACGGCCGCAGGGGAAGAGAGUCAGAGUGGCAACAGGAAGCAGCCAGAUGCGAACCACAGCACACUAGGAUCCCAUUAUGAGAGCUCUCCCUGGGGAAAAGCCUCUUCCAGUAGCGACUCCGGCACAAACUGGGAUAGUGGUGUUGUAGACGCCUCAGACAAAGAGGCAUGGCUCUCAGUUGCCGCUGGCAGUGACUCAGAGCUGGUGAAGAAGGCUGACACAGAGAAGGACCCCUUGAUCAUGGCCUCCAGUCUGCGGAAUGGCCCUCAGUCCAAGUUUGGCGGCAACAAUGGCAAUGGCGUGGGCAAGGGAAGCCUGGGCCGGUCGUCAUGGGGGCCGUCCCUCGGAGCCCUUAUGAGCACCUGCCCGGUUUCUUCCGACAUUUCCAACGGCCUGACAGACAGCAACAGAGUGGAUGCUUGGGGUGCCCUCGGUUCACCCAAUGGAGAGCUCAAUCCCAGCACUUUGAAUGCCAAUGGCCACCGCGGUACCUGGCCUCUCUUGGAGAACAGUGAACCUGCCCUGAAAGGGCCCAGCGGGAGUAGCAUGGGCUCAAUGGCGAACCCUCAGAGCCUGAACCCUGCCGGCCUCGGCGGCUCCUGGGGCAAUGGCCUCCCAGAAAACAGCGACUCCCAAGCGAAUGGUACGCGGAGGGCUCUGCAGGGCAGUCAGUCCCAGAACCCGAUCCCCGAAGCCAAUGGACCAAAUAAUAAUAAUAACACUACUAACUUUGCCAUCUCUAGUUUACCAAAUCUGGCCAGUUCGAUGCAGGCGAGUGACCUGACAAGUCAUAGUAACAAUAACCACACAGGGCCCGGAUCCUGGGGGGCAGCGGGUGCCAAGAGCAGCUGGCACCAGGCCACCUCAGUGAUGAACGGUGCUUCCAGCGGAGGCAGCAAUGAAGCCAAAACCGGCAGCCUCCCUGCCACUGCUGCUCUGUGGGGUGGCGCUUACAGCCACAGUUACUCCGGGGAGGCCUGUCUCGACUCAAGCAGCCAAGCCAAUAGCGACACUGUGAAUGCAACUCUCCUCAUGCCCCCACGGCCCCAGAAGGCCGACGCUGGAGGGGAGAAGGGGACCGGGGCCUGGGAGGCGGCGGGGAUGGGCAGCCCCCAAAGCGCUCCCUGGGAGCAUGGGCCCACAGGAGGAGGAGGGCCAAGGGCUUCUAUGGACGGAGGGUGGCACCAGCUGCCCAGCAAUCAGUGUGCCUCCGAAAGCCUCAGCGUGAACGGGAAGAAGUUUACAAACACAUGGAAAUCGGCAGAGGAGGAGAAAAGUGCUAGCACCACCGUGCCCAGCUUCCCCAUGGCAGCCCAGAAUGGUGGCGGCAGCUGGGCCAAGGGCAGUGCUGGGGGCAGCAGUGAAGACAGCAGUGAGGACAAGCCCUCUGGGGAGGGGGCCAGCCGGGAGCGGUGGAAGGCGGACCCCCAGGCCUUGUUGCAGAGCAUCGUAAGCAGGGUAGACCUGGACCCCAGAGUGCUCUCCAACGCCGGCUGGGGGCAGACACCCAUCAGGCAGAACACGGCUUGGGAGACAGAGCUAUCCCCAAGGGGUGAGAAGAGGACCGACAAUGGGACAGAGGCCUGGGGGAGCUGCUCUGCAGCAGCGACAGCGGUGGAGAGGCCCGCCCCAAACGGUUCCAGGUGGGGCGAACCAAAGUCUGCCAUGCGCUGGGGAGGAGACGCAAAGGGCAGUUGGGGAGAGGAAGGGCCGAGACCAGCGCCGGCCAAAGGCAAUCAGUCAUGGGGCGGUGGUGGCAAAGAGGAACGGUCCUCAACUUGGAAUGAGACAGAGAAGCUCAAGCAGGGAUGGGGGGACGGGUUGAAAGGGGGCCACCCUCCAGCCAUUGAGGGCUGGGGGGAGAACUCGAGGAGCAAUCACUGGGGCGAGAUGAGGAAGUCCAGCUCUGGCAGCAGUGACAACAGCGACCGUUCGUCAGCCUCUGGCUGGAAGGGAGCAGGCAAAGGAGGAGGAGGUGGCACACAUUGGGGCAACGGAGGCGGCAAUGGCGGCCCUGUGGCCAGACCCAGCCACUCUUCUGGGUGGGAGGAAUCCGCCAAGCUGAGCCAAAGCCAAGGCUGGGGGGGAGAGCCGCCCAAGGCGAGCCAGGGCUGGGGGGAGCCUCCCAAGGCUCGAGGGUCCCCAGAAUGGGGCAAGAGCCAAGACACUGCAGGACGCUGGGGAGCCCCAGAGGCCAAUGCUGCCACCGGGAAGCCCCCAGGAUGGAUGGGAGGACCGGUGCCAGCCCCAUUGGCGGAGGAAGAGCCCACCGGCUGGGAGGAGCCCUCCCCGGAGUCCAUUCGCCGCAAGAUCGAGAUCGACGAUGGGACCUCUGCCUGGGGAGACCCCAGCAAGUACAACUACAAGAGUGUGAACAUGUGGAACAAGAACACCAUGCACAAUGGGGAGCGCCUCUCGGAGCAGCAAGCACAGCGGCCGCAGCAGCAGGGGGUGCCACUCCAGGGUGCAGGGUCCAUUUCGGAGAAUGGCAGGAGCGGAGGAGGAGGAGGCAACAGCAGUGGAUCCGGUUGGGGAGAGACUGCUCCACCUCCUGCUACCGUAGAUAAUGGCACCUCGGCAUGGGGCAAGCCUGUCGACACCGGGAACAGCUGGGGAGAGUCCAUGGGCGAUGCAAUGGGCAGCAGCAGUUGGGGGAAUGCCUCUCUUGGGCGCCAAGCCUCCAAUAAGUCUGGGCCGAAGUCCAUGCACGUCCCGGAUGGCUGGUACGGGGGCAAUAUGCCUUUAGCUGGGAGUAACCAGUCUGGCUGGGAGGAAGAGGAUGACGUGGAGAUUGGGAUGUGGAACAGCUACUCAGUGCAAGAUCCCAGCAUCUCUGUUCCCUGGCCCCCGAGCGCAAGGAAGCUGCCUUCAAAGGGAACAAUGAAAAAUGGAAACAAGCAAGAGGAUGCAUGGAUGAAUCCAUUUGUGAAGCAGUUUGCCAAUCUCAGCUUCCCUAGAGAGUCGCCGGAAGAAAUUAUGCAGAGCAAUAAGAUGGAGAUAACAGGAGGGAUCCUGCCGGACAAGUGGAUGGAGAUGGAGAAGCACAACCUGAAUGUGGCCGAAUAUAGCCGGGUGAUAGGGAAAGGCCCUCACUCCCGCCCCCAGAAUUCCAAAGAGUCUUCCAUGGAUCGGAAUCCUUAUUUUGAUAAGGAUGGCCUUCUUGUAGCAGCCGACGAUCCCCCAAAUGUGCAAUUCCUGCCCGGCCAGAGUGCAAAGUUCCCCCCUUCCAACAGUGCACUACCUAACCAGGCCCUUGGCUCCCUGAGCGCACAAAGCUUGAAUCCUGUUAGACAGAAUGGCAACCCCAGUGGUCCCUUUGGAGGCCUGGCUGCACAGUCCCGGAGCCUGCCGCCCGGCCCAGCACAACCGCCCCAUGGCGCCUCCCAGCAGAACCCUCGCGCUCAAGUGCCUCCACCAUUGCUCUCCCCUCAGGUCCCGGUCUCCUUGCUGAAGUAUGCACCAAACAACGGGAGCGUGAACCCUCUCUUUGGCCCGCAACAGGUUGCCAUGUUGAACCAACUGUCCCAGUUGAACCAACUCUCCCAGAUCUCCCAGUUACAGCAGUUGCUGGCCCAGCAGAGGAAGGUGCAGAAUCACAGGAACGUGCCAUCCGGCGGCCGCCAACAACAGGAGCAGCAGAGCCGCUCCCUCAAUAUGCAGCAGCAGAUGAUGCAGCAGCCUUGUCCACUUGAUCCAAAUCUGCUCCUGAAACAGCAACAGCAGCAGCAACAACAGCUUCAUUCGACAGCGAUGAAGUCCUUCCUGGAGAGCGUGGUGCCUCAUGGCAAUGCCGAGCUGCAGAAGGGUCCCUCACAGAUGAGCGCGUUUAGCAACUUCCCCAUAGGAUCGAACUCAAACUUGAAUGUAAAUAUGGACAUGGGCAGCAUGAAGGAGCCGCAGUCCCGGCUGAGAAAAUGGACAACGGUGGACAGCGUUUCCACAAAUGUGCCGCCAUUGGAUCAAAACGCCAGCAAAAACGGUGCUAUUUCAGGCGGCUUCAGGCUGGAGGAAGCGUCCUUUGUCCCCUAUGACUUCAUGAACGGCAGCAACUCUCCGGCCAGCCCCCCGGGGCCCAUUGGGGAGGGCUGGUCCCGCGCCAAAUCACCCAGCGGUUCCAGCAGCGUCAACUGGCCGCCAGAAUUCCGCCCCGGUGAGCCCUGGAAAGGCUACCCGAACAUUGACCCGGAAACUGACCCUUACAUCACUCCCGGCAGCGUCACCAACAAUCUGUCAAUCAACACUGUGCGGGAGGCAGACCACCUCAGGGACAGGAAUGGCGGGUCAUCCUCAUCUCUGAACACCGCGCUGCCUUCAACUAGUGCCUGGUCAUCCAUUCGUGCCUCCAACUACAACGUUUCCCUCAGCAGCACAGCACAAAGCACUUCUUCAGCCCGAAACAGUGACUCCUCCAAACCGACGUGGUCCACGGCCUCCGCAAACGGCGGCAGCAGCGGCAGCAGCACCUCUCUGGCCCAUGAGCUGUGGAAGGUGCCCCUGCCCCCCAAGAGUGUUGCGGCCCCCUCUCGGCCUCCGCCGGGCCUGACCGGCCAGAAGGGACCCCUCUCCUCCUGGGAGAACCCCCUGCAGCGCUUCGGAGGAGGAGGAGGAGGAGGAGCAGGAUGGAGCGCCUCGGAGGGCAGAUACACCCCCGGUUCAGCUUGGGGCGAGAGCAGCUCAGGGAGAAUCACCAACUGUCUUGUCCUGAAAAACCUCACGCCGCAGAUCGAUGGCUCCACCCUGCGGACGCUGUGCAUGCAGCACGGGCCGCUGAAAACAUUCCACCUGAACCUCCCGCAUGGGAACGCUUUGGUCCGCUACAGUUCAAAGGAAGAGGUGGUGAAGGCACAAAAGUCCCUCCAUAUGUGUGUCCUGGGCAACACGACCAUCCUGGCGGAGUUUGCCAGUGAGGAGGAGAUCAGCCGCUUCUUUGCACAAGGCCCCUCCCUGGGCCCCUCCCCGGCCUGGCCCCCCCAGGGCCACUUGGGGGCCUCCUCUGGGGACAGUGGCGCCGGCCACGCCUUCCCCGGCCGCAGCGACCCCUCCGCUCACUGGAACGGGGCCGGGGAGCUGCAUGGCGGGGGUGGCGGCAGUAGCAGCAACAGCAGCAGCAACAGCGUUGGGGGCUCCUCGCUGUGGGGGCGGCUGAGCUACUCCUCUGGCCUGUGGGGCUCCCUGGGGGGCGGGGGGGAAACCCGGGGGCUGAUGGGCGGCCCCUCCUCAGCCCUCGGCGCCUUCCUCUCGGCUGACCAUUUUGGGGUCACGGCGGCGGCAACAGGGGAGUCCAUGUGAGGAGUGGGCCUUCCACCCCAGACGGUGACCUCAAAGCGGCACUGAAGUGGACCCCCCACGAUUGGGCUCCCUGUGGAAGUGGUUACGCCGCUGCGCACAUUUCCCCCCUCUCUUUUCCUCCCCCAAAACAGUCUGAAAUACUUGAAUCACGCAGGCCAAGACGAAUAUAUAUAUAGGUAGGUAGAUGCAUUAAAAAAAAUGUGAAAAGAGUCAGUAGAUUUACACUUCCGAGGUUCGAGUGCUAUCCAGAAGGAAAGAAAAGCAGGCGGACAGACAACCCAACGUAGAACCCAUUUCAUAUCUUAGCUUGGUUGUUGCUUUUUUUUAGGCAUGGGGGGGGGUGUUAGAUGGAGCUUUUCUUUCAAAGCUUUUGCACAGACCUUGCAAUAUUAGCGGAGGAGGGAGCGACGGUUUGUCGGUGCCAAACAAGCAAAAGACGACGACAGAGAUGAGACAACAAAUGAGAGGAAGGGGCGCAAAAGCGUGAGUUGCGCCUGCCUCUAUUUUAUUUUAUUUUUAUUUUUUUGCAGAAAGGAAUUUAAAAAAAACACAAAACGGAGCGGUUUGUGAAACCGUGCGCACAGCAGUUUGGGUCCUGCACUUUCCAAGAGGCUUUGGGGUUGUUCCUUUGAAAGAAAAAUAUGGGGAGGGGGGAGGCUCCUCUCAUUGGGGAGGGGGCACUGCCUUGUUUACAGACGUUUGCGUUCCUUUUCCUUUCCACGUUUACUCUCCUCCUCCUCCCAUCCUUCUUUCGCGGGACGAUUUCUAAAACCAAUGCGGACGGUAAAAGGUUGCUUUCUAUCUCUGGGAAACCUCUCGAGCAGUGUUUGGCCAUGUUCCCCUUUGUGUUGGUGGUGUUGUUGUUUCUGUUUGUUUCCUUCCAAAAUCUUUGAAGAGCAUGGCUCUCAGGAAAAUGAGCAACAAGCCAACCAAGGUCCCCAGGAAAAAAAAACCCCUCCUUGUUCUUUAUAGAAUAAUAAUGAUAAAUAAUGACUUUUUAAAGCACUGAUUCCUACUUUGCUGUGUAAAACUUCUGCCAAAAAUUGCUUCCAAUGGCUGGAGGAUGCCGCUCUGCGCAUUCCCAGAUUCCGGGGGGGGCUUGGUUCUCGACCUUUAAUCCCGCCAUGUUUGCAGAGAGCCCCCUCCCCCCCAAAAAACCCCCUUGAUUCCUCGCUUUUCCUCUGCUUUGUGACCGUGUUCCAUGUUUUAACCUUUUAAAAAAAAGCCGAAGUUUUAACUAUGCAGACUGUAGCCAAGGUCUUGGACUUACAGAAACUUUGUUGUAUACGUUUUAAAUGUCGAAAAGUUCUUGCCAGUAACUUUUCUUGUGAAAGUGUUAUUCGAAUCAUCUUACCGCUUUUAUUGUUUUAUUCCUUACCUUUUCUUUUUUGUUUUUGUUUUCGGGGUGCCACAAAUGGUAUUAUGAUGACGAUGAAGCUUGUUUAGUCCGAGGACAAAGGACUAAACAAGGAUAAAAAAAAGAAAAGAAAGAGAGAAAGAACGAAUCUUUUUAAAACUGUGCCGAAAGACGCUCUCAUUUCAUUGCCUUGAUUCUAACUGUCGUGUCCAGAAGAUGCAAAAGUCACCCGUGGCUUUUUUUAACUGUUUACAAAUAGAGUGUGAUUGUAAAAUGUACAGUUCGAGUUGUGGUUCCAAAUGAUGAAGUUUCUCCAGAUAUUAAUAAAUCAUGACAUGUUUUUUUCCUUC